AUGAAUAGGACACUGAGCCGUCUGGCUUUCGUUGGACGAGCGUUCACAAAUAAUCACGGACGGCAGAAUGCAUUCGCUCAGGUCUGGCCUGCGUUCGCGUCUUCCUUUUCUCCAGAACUUCGCACUCACAUGAACGUGGAAAACCACAACGCUCAUAACGUAAUGGUCAACGAUCCUGGGUAUCGUGCUACAGUCGUCAAUCCGGCCGCGCUCGCUGUCAACUGGCCAACAGUGAUUACUCCUCAGCAGUUUCACGGGCUCAUCGGCCAGGACUUUAGUAUUAGGACGGCUGACGAGUUGUGCAGUGAUUUUACAGCAAUCAGCUCAUACGCUGGUGGCAGAGACUACCGGCUUGCUGAUUCGGUGUAUGAUGGUCUCCGGGACCGCCUGGUUGCCGUCCUGCCACAGAUGACUGACGAGCAGUUGCUGUCCGUGCUUGCUCUUAUACCACUGUGGGACACCAAAGAUGCCAAGGAUCCCGCUUACCAUCGUCUGUGGUCUGAAUUUGACCGACAGUGCAUUGAAAGGCAUAGGCGUUGGACUCUAAACAAACUUUUACUAUUCAUGGACCACUGGUACUUGAUGAAGCUUUCUAGAUUAAGCAAUUUUGUGUGGAUGGGUGUCAGGAAGCUGGCACGGAAGCCAUCAAGAUUGACUCCCAAGCAGUUAGUUCAGAUGAUGUUUUAUGCUAACACAAGUAGAAAGUUCUUACCAACAUUACCAAUGUAUGAUAUUGAACAAGAAAUAUGUUCUUAUUACAAUGACUUUAGUAUUAAAGAAUUGGGCAUAGUGUCUUUGGGAUUCUUUAAAACUCAAACACCUAUACGUAAUCAGGAGCUUGUAAAAAAUCUAUACAUUUCUGUAAUCAAAGAAAUUGUAAACAUUAACAGCAUAGAGUUGGCUGCAUUUUUAAAGAUAUUUAGAUAUUGCUCAAAGCACCAACAUGCUGAUUAUAUGUACAAAUUAAUGGAUGCCUUAAUAAAUAAAGUUGAUGAAGUAAAAUUAGUAUGCUGUGUUCAUAUGGCUCUAUUGGGUACAAAUUUAUUAAUUAAACAUGAAGAUCUUUUGAAAAAAAUUUCACAGCGCAUAGUUGAUGAAAUAUCUCUAGCAAGAAUUAAGGAUUUAGAAAGAAUAACAUUGGCUUUAACUAUGUUUAAUUAUAAUCCACGAACAACACCAUGUAUAUUCAAAAUGGUUGUUAACGAACUUCAGAGUGAUACAAGAAAUAUUGAAUUUGAAGAACACACUAGAUGUUAUAUUUACACUUUGUCAUACUUAGCUGUGAAUAAUAUUUUUCCUAAAGAUUGUAUUUCAAAAGCUUUAAACAUUGAAACACUUCAUAAAUGUUUUGGAAAAAAAUUAUCCAGAUUUAAUAUAUCACGUGAUAUUGUAAGUUUAAACAAUAGUGUGCUAAUAGAAUGCCCGGACUAUUCUGGUUCAUUAUUACCAGAUACAUUAAAAGAAUCUUGCAAUGAGCAUUUAGCAUGGCAUAUACCUACUUCAAGUACUUUGGCUAAAUUAGGUGCAAAUGACAGAAACUUUAUUAAACUUUACAUGGAACUUCUAAGCCUAUUUAAAAAUGAAUCGUCCUGUUUACAUGUAUGUUACCCUCUUCCUCAUCAUCCAAAAUCUGAUAUAUUAUUUUGCAUCAAUACUAUUGGUAAACCAGUGGCUAUUCCUGAAAAAAUGAAAAAUAGAACUGUAUUCAGUGAUUUCCAGAAACCACCAGAAUUAGGAAAAUGGUUUGCAGUAAUGGCACUUGUAAGAAAUUCAGUACUUUAUUAUAGCAAUGAAUACAAUGGUUUAACAUCUUGUAAAAUCAGGCAACUAAAGAAACUUGGCUAUGAGCCAAUUUUGUUUACUGUUAAAGAGCUGGGAACUGAACGUGACUUUAAAACAUUAUUAUCAGAUAAACUCAAGAGUCAUGGAAUAACUUUUAAUUAA